UACCGAACAGCCGAAUGAGGAGAGCUCGCUAGUAAACACCUUUGGCGAUCAGCUGCGGGGCUGGGUCUAGGCGCUAGAGAGAGGUUCGCAAGGAGACAAUGUCAAUCGCGUUGCUCUGCAGACGUCAAGGCCGGGGCCUGGCUCGCGCUUUGAGCCUGAUUGAGUCUGGAGCUAGCAUUGAGAGAGAUGUGGCGAUAACGGACGAAAACAUUAGGGGCUCGGACGCUGGUGCAUGCUCGACCUCACGGCAGUGCCAGCCCGACACGCCUAUCGGCGGGUUUCGUCAGUGGCCUCGCUCGCUGCAGCUGUGGCGUGGGUUCGCGGUGAACAACAAGCCCAGCCUCAAGUAUGUGCCAGUGCCGGAAUCGCAGCACGACGAUUUCACGUCGGAGCCCACCACCUACACGCAGCUGCUUGCUUCCAUCCGCGCCGCCAAGUCGCUAAAGCGGCUGGAGCACCUGGUGGACACCUAUGCGGACCGCUUCGAUGCGGUGCACGUGGCCGCAGCCGUUGCGCGGCUGCCGCACCUGCUCAAGUACCGGGAAGCGGACCUGGUAGACAUGAGUGCGUCGGCAGUGGUGCUGCCGUCAGGCAUGACGCGCACGCGAAGGAAGCAUGGAGCGCAGCUGCGGUCGGGUAGCGCGGAGGUGGCUGCACGGCUGGCGGCGCGGGUGGACGCAAUGCUUCCACAGCACGUGGCGCACUUCUUCCCGCGCCAAGCGGCUUGCUCCAUAUGGGCGUUUGGCGAGCUGCGGCGGCAUGGGGUCAUCGAGCGCAUGGACUCGCUUCCGCAGGUGCUCAUGUCUGUGACGCGCGGCAACCUGCAGCCGCUGCGCGUGCACGCGGCGGGCGUGGACUUUGCACAGCUGCUGCACGGGCUGGCCAAGCUGGGCCACAACGACGAGCCUCUUCUGGACGCGCUGCUGCCGCUGGUGACAGAGCGGCUGGGCAGCAUGCAGCAGCGCGAGCUUCAGAUGACGGUGUGGGCGCUAGCCACGCUGCGGCGGGCCACGCCUGAGCUGCUGGAUGAGGUGGCGCAGCAGCUGUUGAGCACUAGCACCGCCUUCCUGCUGCCCUCCGCAUGCGCCUCCGUGUUCUGGUCAUACGCCAAGACGGAGGGCCUGGCGCGGCUGUCGCCGGGAGGGGAGGGCGGCGCGCGGGUGAGCCGGAGACGGGCGCGCGUGGCGGCGGCGCGCGUCAAGCUGUUCGACAGCCUGGCCGCCACCAUGAUGGCGCAGGCGCUGCUGCUGGCGCCGCAGGACGUUGCCACCACGCUGUGGGCCUGCAGUGUGCUGGGCUACCACCACAGCCAGCUGCCGGCGGUGCUGGGCGACGCGGUGCUGAGGGCGCUGCCCAACUGCAGCGAUGCCGAGGUGGCCUCCGUGCUGGAGUCCCUGGCGCACCUGGGCUACCACCACGCGCCACUGAUGGACGCCGUGGCGGCGGGCAUCUUGGCCGAGCCGGUGGUCAGUACCGAGCCGGUCAACAUCGCGCGGGUGCUGUACGCGUACGGCGUGCUCGCACGGCGGGGCCCGCGGGACCUGCAGCUAGUGGGCACGUUGGCAGAGGCGUUGGUGAGGCGGCUAGCGCGCGUGGAGCGGCUGGAUACGGUGGCGCUGGCCUGCCGCGGCCUGGGCGCGUUCGCCUACGACGAUCAGGCGGUGCUGGCCCAGGUGGCGGCGCGCACCGAGCAGCUGCUGCAGACCUCGACGACUGGGCUAGAGCAGCUGCAGGCGGUGCUGCGGUGCCUCGACGCAGGUGGCUGCUCGUAUUUCCAGCUGGCGGUGGCGGCGGCGCGGAUGCUGGACGACCGCUUGCGCGCCGGCGCCUGCCGCAGCGCACCCCUAGCUGUGGAGGUGCUGUAUUACAGCGCGCGGCAGGGCGUGGAGGACAAGGAGGCGGUCAAGGCGGUGCUAGACAAGGUGGCCCAGCACCAGUCGCAACUGCGCGCGACGGACGUGGCGCGGCUGGUCGUGUGCUGCCAGGUGAUGGGCCAGUCAGCGACAUCGCUGCAGGGCCUGCUGCAGACCCUCCUUAGCAACGCCGCAUCUGUGGACGCGGCCACGGCGCGCGCCGCAGCCACCAGCGCCGCCGCAUUGGGGCUGUCAGAUGUGGCGCAUGCGUUGAAGACGGCAAGCGUGGCACAAGCUGUGGCUACGGCUUAGCGUUUGAUGUCAUGCCCAGAGGCCGCGGUGCAAUGUCAUGCAAGGGAAGGCGCUGUUGUCAUUGUAUGUUUGAAGUGUGACAACAGCAGGAGCCCAUGUCAAGUGCCAAGUGCAAGUCUGGAUAUGUUUGCCCGAAGCACGCUAGCGUAGAGAUAGGUCUAGGGCGCGCGCUAGCCUAACCAAGGUAACAUACAUGACGUCAGCCUGUCCAUGUGGUAGGUCGAACGCAGUCCGUGAACGUGCAGGUUGCGUGAGGCCACACAGCGAGGUUACCGGUAUGAUGUAGCCUCGCAUUUAUGGGGUGUCAUGUCAGGGCAGGAACGUAGCACGUUUUGGGGCUCUAACCGACCCCUAUCAUUCGUAAUCCCGAAUAGCUGCAAGGCGUAGAAGCAGGUAACGUAGGGCCCACGUUGUGGCAGGAAAACGCUUCUGCAUAAGGAGGUGGGCAAUGGGUGGGUGAGGUGGGACAUGUGGGCACCGCGUGCAGGACUGCAGGCGACAAUCGCCUAGCCCUGCCUAGCCGUACAUUUUCCUGAAGCAGUAGGCCUGGUCCGUCUGGUUUGCUCU